CAGUCGUCGGUCGACUGCGCUCGCAGCGGGGCGGCGCGUGCUGCUCCGCUCCUGUGGCAGUGGUGGUGGUAGACGAGCACAGCGUUUAAAACAUUCACAGACCAUAAGUGUGACUGUGGCGAUGAAGACCGGCGCCGAUUCUAGUGAUGAGAGUCAGGAGGAUGCAGAGCCGGCGCCGCCCGACGGCGACACACAGCACGUGUUCAAAGACCUGUCCGGAAAGAUGGCGCAGCGGAGGGCAAUGCAGAAGGUGCAGCGCCGCCUGCGCUCAGCUGUGCGCUUCUCCACGGCCUACUUCACACAGUACGUGCGCUACAAGAUUCUGAAGAUGGACUGGGUGAACGACUACGUGGCCGACUACAUGUACCAGCGGUAGUGAGACCGCUCUGCCACUAGUUUGGACUGCGUGAGACUGAAUGCUGGGAACAGGAGAGCGAUCGGCAACAAAAAGUGAUUCGUGUGUAGACAUUGCUCACGUGAACAUUGGGGCACAUUUAGUGACACUGAAGCGUGCAAUAUAUAUUUGAUCAGUGUUUGUUUAUUAGGGAACUCACAAUGGUGCUGGAAGUGUUUGCAAGUGUGUCACGAUUUGCAGUCUCGUCGCCGGCGCUGAUCGGCAUCUGUCUGGCGUCGACGCUGCUGCUGCUUUCUGUGGCAGCGGUCACCUGUUUCUGCUACCGGCGCCGCAGCGCGGCCGCGCACAAACUCAUCUACCGGCGCUCUGCCGACCAGCCGGUGGGCCUGCGUCGACCCACGGCCGUCCGCAGCCCCGGCAGCCAGGGACACUAUCUGAAAAAGUCGCCCAGUCCGACCGGCAAGCCAGCUACACCCGGCUCCGGCUCGGAGGGAGGCGGUGAGCCCCCCACCGACACGGGUGCCCACACGCCCGUCCUCCACACGCCCAGUCCCGCCGAGGACAGCAAGAUCCGCUCCAUCAAGUGCUUCUCCGAGAAUGAGCUGCCUGAGAAGGCCGGCAAACAGGAGGAACUGCCAGAAACUUCCGAGCUGGGCCAACUGCACUUCAGGGUCAGGUACAACUCGGAGAGCGCGGCGCUGGUUGUGACCGUGGCCCGGUGCGAGGGACUGCCGGCCCGCGGCGGGCAGCCGGCCAACAGCGACCCGUACGUGAAGCUGCAGCUGCUGCCCGAGCGGCAGCACAAGGUGAAGACGCGCGUGCUGCGCAACACGCUCGACCCCGUCUAUGAGGAGGACUUCACCUUCUACGGCAUCCAGUUCAACAAGCUCGAGAGCACCACGCUGCAUUUUGUAGUGCUGAGCUUCGACCGCUACUCCCGUGACGAUGUAAUCGGCGAGGUGCUGUGCCCCAUGUCUGGGGUUCAGCUCUCGGAGCAGGACACUACGUGCGAGCUGGUUCGGGACAUCACUCCGCGCAGCAUCAAGAUGAGGAGCCAGGGUCGCGGUGAGCUGCUCGUGUCGCUGUGCCACCAGCCCGCCGCCAACCGACUGACUGCCGUCGUUCUCAAGGCUCGCAACCUGCCCAAGAUGGACAUCACCGGCCUCUCAGAUCCGUAUGUGAAAAUAUACCUAAUCUGCAACGGCCAGCGGAUCACCAAGAAGAAAACGCACGUGAAGAAGCGCACGCUGAACCCGGUGUUCAACGAGUCGUUUGUGUUUGAGCUGCCGCCUGGCAGCGACUCUCUGACCGGCGUGCGACUCGAGUUCAUGCUACUCGACUGGGACAGAGUCACCAAGAAUGAGGUGAUUGGCCGCCUGGAGCUCGGCUCGCCGCCAGCCGAGGGUAAGCGUCUGGCGUCGGCGGCGCACCACUGGUCCGAGAUUAUCAACUCGCCGCGUCGUCAGAUCGCCGAGUGGCACAAACUCACCGAGUGACGUCACACACAGACACAGAGACCGCCGGUACUCUGGUGACGUCACCGCCGUCGGCCGCCGACACCCCGGGCGGCGCCAUCCGAGCGGCCCUAUCAGACGCACAGUCGCGUCCCGACCGCGCCGCGCCUGCUGCGCCGCUUCUAGUCACAGAUGUCCUAUUUUCUUAUAGAGAGGUAUAUACCGGUUCGGUUUUUUGUCCAUAUAUCAUGCGGCGUGGCCGCUCUCGACCGGUGCCCUGCGCCCCCGGUUGCGGGUGCUGAGGCGAAAUGUAAUAACCCGGGCGGCCGCUCGCCGCGCCCGGCCCCACUGUAUACCCGUUUAUGUCGUGUCGCGUGUUUGUCCCUGCACACACCGUCUCGGAGCUCCCGACAGGACAGUGCCAGACAUUCCGUUCUCCCGCCACUGUGUACGUGUUUUGUGUUUGUAUCCGAUAGAACCGCUUCCAAUGGCACCAGAUUGGAUUGAGACAAUGUUGUUACCAACGAGAAUCGAUGUUGGGUUCGAUUUUUUCGUAAAUUCUGCUGCUUUGUACUGAGAAAAGCGCGCAGUUUGUGUUGGCUUCCGUUGCAUAACUCAAAUAUACCAGCACAUUUUAGACUGACACGACAAAAUAAAUCACUUCCCUCUA